AUGAAUGCUCAAGAAAAGAUAGAUUUAAAAUAAGAACAAGUAGAUUCCCUGAGCAGGAAAUACGGGGAGAGAAGUAUCUCGCCCAGUUAAGACUCCCAGAGAAGAAAUAGUACAAAUACGACAUUAUUACAGUGCGUCGAAUCAAAAGUGGUGGUCAAUCACUUAGACUGUUCAAUUUGAAACCUCAGCAACAAACCUUUCUCAAAACAUCUAAAGAAACAUCAGGAGGAGGAUUCUAUAAGAGAUCUUAAAUUAUGGGAACAACCUUUCCUUCGCUACGUACAAGGGAAAAACAGAAGUAAAAUUGUAAAUUAUUUAAGCAAUGAAUCAAAACACGCCAAUACUAAAAAAGAAGAAAACGAUAGUUUGGUUCAUCUAGACUCAAUAGGAGGGAUCAAAUCCCUUUUGGGACCCAAUCAUCAUUGCCACUUUGAAAUUUAAGUUAAAUAUCUUAUUGCCAAAUAGGUAAUGUGUAUUAUUCUAACCGUUAAAGGAAGCGAGUGAGUUAUUAACUAUAAAGGCCAAGGAGGAGUUGGAGAGUGUUAUUUGGAUGGUCAAGAAUUAUAAUAGCGAAGGAUUGAUAUCGAAGUUAUUACAAUUGUAAUAGUUAAAAAAUGAAUUAGAGAAGGAUUAACAAUUAAUGAGGGAGGAAAUAGAUAUGCUAGGAAUGCAGAGAGAUGAUUGGUAAUCUAAGUAUUAAGAGAUUUAUGAGAAACUAUUGAAAAUGCAAGGAAUUGAAAAUGAUCUACAUGAUACAUUACACAAAUUGUCGAUGUCGAAUGAAUCUUUGGAAUAAAUUAACAGAAGGUUGAGGGAGAAACAAUUGGAAGUUUAGGAUUGGCAAAGGAAAUGCAAUACUCAUGACGAAUAAUUUAAAAUCAGGAUCACCAGACUGGAAGAAACAUUGAAGGACAAGGAAACAUAAAUAUAACAAUUGCAAAGGAAAUUAUAAAGAUUAGAUAGUGAAAAUGCAUUCCUACAAUAAGAGAUGAGGAACAAAACAGAAAAAUUGGAAGAAGAACAAAGAAGAUCCAAAUAAUUACAUGCUGAGUUAUUAGACACUAGAGUCAAUAAGGUUUAGAAUUUGUAGGAUGAGAUUGUCAAGUAAAAGAAGGUCAUUCAAUAGAGAGUAGAAGAAAUUGAAGAACAAGAGAAAAAAAAUAAAUAAUUGAAUGUAAAUAAUGGUUGAUCAUUGUAGAAUAAACUCAAUUUAUUAGAAACUUAAUUAAAGAAUUUUGAUGAUGUAGCUAGGUAAGAAAAAGAAGAGCUAGAAAAAGGAUGGUAGAAGAAGUAUAAGGAAUUGGAGAAAUAGAGUGUGUAAUACAAAAGAGAUCUGAAUUAGUUGGAAAUCCAAUUAUAAUAAGUUGAUUUGUUGGUUUAAUAGAAAGAACAAGAAGUAGAAUAGGCAGUAGCUAAAUCUAAAGAAUUAUCAGGCUUAAAUGAAAGGUAGCUAUAAACUAUAUAAACCAACUCUGUAGAAAUGCUCAGAUUGGCUAAGGAGAUCUAAGAGAAAGACUAAGAUUUAGAAUAUGUAGAAUAAUAAAAUGAAGAUCUCUCAAAAGAACGUGCUUCGUUGAUGGAGAGAAUUGAUUUACAAAAUAAUGAGAUUUCUGAGCUUAAAUAAUAGGUAUUUGAAAUGAAGAAGGAGUUGGAGAGUUUGAAAUGGGAGAAGCAAGAUUAAGAUAGAAAAUUGGACAGGUUAAAUGAAUAGAUUGUACAGGCCAAUCAAAGUUAAGAUCAUUAUAGAGAAUAAUUAGAUGAAGAGAUUAAGAAAACAUUUUAAUUGUAUUCUGAAAUCAAUAAAUUGAAAUAGUAAAUAGAAGACUUAAAGCUCUAGCAUCAAAAGGAAAUGCUAUAAUAAUAGAAGGUUAUUCAAGGAAAAGAUGAAGAGAUAAAGAUAUUGCAAGAGAAGUUGUAAGACUUUUAGGAUUAAGACAAAGAUUUAUCAGAUAAAUUGAGAAAGUUGAUGAAUGAAAAUGAGAAAAACACAUUACUGAUAUAAUAAUUGAAACAAGAAAAAGCAGAAUUGGAAUAACAAAUAGAAGAAUUAAAGAAAUUGCUCUCCUAAUAUGAAUAAUAAGCUAUUGAAUUCUAGAACGAGAAAUAAUAACUACUUCAAAAAAUAGAGGAUAUCCAAAAUGAUAAGACUGAAGUCUAACUAUUGAAUAUUGAAAUAGAAAAAUUAAAAGUUGAGUUAGAAUAGAAAUAGAAUUAUGAGGAAUUGAAAGAGGCAGCUAAUUAAAUAAAUACAAUCUCUUAAGAAAAGCUUCUGUUGGAAAAAUAACAAAUUGAACUUAGACUUGACUAUAACAGAAUAGUUGAGGAACUCAAAGGAUGGAAAAAUAAAUAUGCUACAUUAGAAAACGAUAAGAAAAAUAGUGAUUCCUAAAAUAUAGAGCUUAAAGAUAAGUUAGAAUAGCAACAAGAGAUCUAUUUAGCAAAAAUCAAAGCAAAGGAUCACAUGAUCAGUCAACUAAACACUCAAUUAGAAUAGGUUUAAACAGAAAAUGAAUAAUUAUAAUCAAAUUUAGAGGAUUAGUGUAAAAACUUGAAACUCAUUCCCAAAAAAGCUUAAGUUCCUCUUCUUAAAAAUAACACGUUUUAGCAAAUCUUUGUUGAAGAUAAAGUAUUUUCAAAGGAUUCUCCUAAUGAAGAAAUUUAAUAGAAGUUUUCAGAAUUCAAUUUUACUAGAUCUAAAGGACAUCUUACAAUAUGCUUUUGGGUUAAAAUUGAUAGAACAAAUUCAAAAGAAAUGAUCCCUAUUCUCAAAAUUAGUACAGAAAAUAAAAAGCUUCUAGAAAUGGGUGUUUAUUUAGAUAGCAAAUAAGUGUAUAGUACCUUUAUUCCGAACAACCACCCCAAAAAUACUAAAUAAUAAAAUCCACUGACUGUUACAUCUUAAUUGCCUAUUAAAUUGGGGGAAUUUUAAAUGUUAGCUUUGAUUUUAAACGAAUCUGGCUAAUAUAUGGAUAUGGGGUUAUGUUUGAAUGGAGUCAGAGACGACUAAGUUUCUAUUUCCACUUCCUUAAUUUUCCCAGAAGCUUAAUUGUCAUUUGGAUAAUACACAACUCAUCAUUUAGUGCUAAAGGACUGUUUGGUAAUCACAGAGAAUUUAUACAGAAUUAACAUAUUUAAAGAAGUCUACUAAACAUUCUAUUAUAAAUACAAUGGAAUUAAAAAGUUAAGUAGGAGAUAUGGAUAAAAGAAAGAAGAUGCUUCCUAUCUAUCUGCGGGAGAUCUAAUAUUCUAUUUAAUAUAGUAAUAUGAAUAAUCUCCUCCAAAAUCAGGAAGCAGAUCCAAAUCUCCUCCUCAAAAUUCAGUAGUUAUUAUCAAUAAUCGUACUAUUCCAGCUGCUUUGGCUAGUUAAUUUGAAUUAGCUAAUGAUUAGAAGAAAACUGAAGAAACCAAUCAUGAAGAGAUUCAAGAACCGCCUCAAUGGAGUCGAAAGUACUGUGUAGAUAAACUAAAAAAAUUCUUGUAAACUAAUUUAUUUUAUAAGAAAUUGUUAAGUCCAUUUAUUGACAAUUAUGAUUACAUAAGUUUUGGAUUACAAUUGUUAUAACCUCUAAGGAAUGAUGAAUAACCUCCUACUAAAUUUCAUAAAAUAAUCAAACCCAAGAUACAAUUAUCCCCCUAUUAUAUGAUGCCAUACAAAUAAUUUUUGAGAUACAUAAAAUUUGUUGGGCUGCUACAGAUAACAUAUAAGGAGUUUGAUGACUUAUGUGAAACAAUGGAAGUAGUCUAUACGAGUAACAAAGAGAAAUAUAUUCACUAUGAUCACUUUCUGAUUGUUUUAAGGGAAUGUAUUAUGAAAAGUUAAGAUUUGAAGAAGAAAAAAUUGUAAGAAAUAGGUGAACCUCAACCACCACAAACAAUUGAAUUUGAGAAACAUACUUAUAAGGAAAUUGUCGUGAAGUCAACAGGCAAAGAAGAACAAAAAAUUGAAAUGUCUAAUGCUGUUGAAGUGUCUGAAAUUUCAAUAAAAAAAAAUGACUAAGAAACUUAAUUAGAAGUCAAAUUCAAAAAUGAUUCUGUCUAAACUGAUUCUCUUGAUUAUUUGACUGGCGCAUCUAUUGGUUCAUUGAAUCUAAGUCAAUAAAGAAAGGUUAAUUUUAUAUUUACUGAUAAUUCUCAACUUUAUGAGAUCAAAACAGAAAGCCAAUCUUUAUUGUUAGAUGAAUACAGAGAAAUAACAUUGAGCCAUGAAGUAGAAUUAGAGGAGAAUGAAAAAAUAGUCAAAUUUAAUAUCAAUGGUAAGUAAGUAAGACUUGUAAUCCAAAUUUCCGAAAAAUACACUGAAGAAAUUUCUGUAUAUAUGAUAUUUCCUAUCUUAGGCACCUGAAUUGGAUCCAGAUAAUGAAUUAGAAAUUUUGAGCUUACCUUAGGUUCCAGAGAAUUGGAACUUAGGCAAAUUCUAUGUCAAUAUUACUAGAUGUUAACAUUGCGAUAAACACUAGCAGACUACAAGACAUUAAGAGAAAGACUUUAUUGAGAAGACAGAAUAUCUUAGUAAUAUGCUUAAGGAACUAUUUCCUAAUGUAGAAAUCAUUGAAAAUGAAGAUAAGCCUGACAAAUUAGAAAGUUUUGAGGUUUAUUUAAAAAAUGCUAAUUAUCGUGAAAAGAUUAUACUACUUUAGAAACAAGAGAAUAUGAAUAAGUUUAAGGAUCAUUUCAAUGACAAAUUGCCCAAUCUUCAUGAAAAACUUAUGCUCAUCAUCAACUAUCAUGGUACUGCAGAGAAGUUGGGACAAGAGCAAGAUAAGUUCAAGUGA